AUGCCGUCGCCCAGCAAAAAACAAGCGCAGCCGCAUUUGUCACUGGUGACCCAUAGUCAUGACGAUUACCAGAAGUUAGCCGAUGCUGGCAUUAGUAACGAUGCAUUCCAAACGCCGGAAACACCACAAACGGCAACAACAAAUAUCUGCGAUAGCGUCGAACUCAUAUCCACCACACCAAAUACAAAUACAAUAGACACCAAUCAUCACACAAAUGGACACAGUGAUGAAUUAGUAUUAAGAAAUAAUACCAAAAAUGAAUUAAACUCACGUCCUUUGAGCAACAACCACAACCACAACAAUAAUAGCAAUAACAAUAACAAUAAUAAAAAUCCAAAUCAAAAUGACAACACAACACCUUAUUACACCAGUAACAAUGGCGUACCACAAGGACACUAUCGUUAUACAUUGCCAUUAUCCUUGACAACGACAUUGCCACAACCCUUGCCACCAUCAAUAUCACAACAAAAGCAACAAAUGCAAAAAGAUCAGCCGGAUGAUAAAUAUAGAUUAUAUACAAUAUAUGGAAAUGACACCGACAAUGACAAGUUGUCCGGUCUCCCACAAUCAACGACUGGUUCACUAAGCUCAAUCAUCACGACGUCCAUAGCAUCCUCAGAACCAGAUCCUGGCACGGUUGGCGGUGGUCGUAGUAGUGGUGGCGGUGGCGGCGGCAGCGGCGGUGGUGGUGGUGGCGGCGGUAGUAGCCUUGGCGCUUUAGAUGCGAGCAGUAUUGCCGGUGUGCCUGGUAGCAGUGAUGAGAAGUUGGCAUUAAAUCGACCGGGUAUUAAGCAGGAGAAAUGGUCUUCAAUAUUGUUGCAAGUGUCGAUACCGUUCUUUUUGGCUGGUGUUGGCACAAUCGGUGCGGGAAUCGUACUCGGACGUGUAGAGAAAUGGCGUGUCUUCAAAGAGAUCACCGAACUAUUCAUACUCGUGCCAUCACUACUCGGCCUCAAGGGCAAUCUCGACAUGUGCCUCGCAUCACGUCUCUCCACGCAAGUGAAUCUGGGCAAUAUGACAUCACGAAAGGAAGUCGUACGCAUGAUUGUCGGCAAUAUAGCGCUGGUCCAGGUGCAGGCGACGGUCGCUUCGUUUUUGGUCGCCAUGUUUGCCAUUGCUGUUGGCGCGAUAAUGGAUGGAACGUUCCAUUUUGAGCACGUCAUGCUGCUCUCGGCGUCUGCUAUGUUUACGGCGACCUCAUCGUGUUUUGUUUUAGAUUUUGUAUUAGUGGCUGUGAUAUUAUUGUCUGAGAAAUUUCAUUUGAAUCCUGAUAAUUUGGCAACACCGUUAGCGGCAUCUAUCGGCGAUGUCGUAUCAAUAAGUAUACUGUCCUUUAUUGCUUCAAUAUUAUUCGAUCACAUAAAAACCCACUUAUGGAUCACAUUCGUUAUAGUCGCUUGUUAUUUAAUACUUUUGCCUAUGUGGGUUGCUAUUGUGCUCAAAAAUAAAUAUACUCGUCCGGUAUUGAAGAGUGGCUGGGUGCCUGUAUUAUCAGCGCUGUGUAUUAGUGGACUUGGCGGUCUUGUACUCGAUGCCUCUGUGGAGAUCUUCAGCGGAUUUGUUGUUUUUCAACCAAUUAUUAACGGUAUUGGUGGCAAUUUGGUAUCGGUACAAGCGAGUAAAAUCUCAACAAUGCUCCAUCAGAGUUCAAUUAUUGGUAUUAUACCACCGCAUACGAAAAUUUUCGAAUGGCCCUGGAAAGCGCUGUUCAAAGGAGUUCCAUACGCUAAAACGGCGCGUAUACUGCUCGGCAUGUCGAUUCCCGGCAAUAUUGUGUUCGUGUUAGUUGCCGAUUAUAUACAUAUGUCGAAAUCGACAGUUACUAUUGCCUUUGUCCUAUCCUUCCUAAUGGCGAGUUUGAUUCAGGUUAUGUUACUCUUGUACAUUGCACACGUUAUUGUGCAUGCAAUGUGGAAAUGGAAAAUCGAUCCCGAUAACUCAUCGAUACCAUAUCUAACUGCGCUGGGCGAUUUGCUGGGCUCCAGUUUACUAGCGGUGGCCUUCUUCUUUCUACUUUCGAUCAAUCAAGAAUACGGAUCCGAACUGAAUGAACUCAACGCUUCGAACUGAAAAGAGAAUUGUUGAAAAAUAAAUAAAUAUUUGAAAAGCGCAAGUAAAUAAAUGUGCAAUUGUGCUGGAAAAUCUUGUUGUGCUCUAACAAGCACAGGGUGGUCCGCAAGAUUUUAGCAAACGAAAAAAAUACUUAAAUUCAAAGGCUUUAAAGUGUUAAAACAAACAACAAAAAAAAGUAACGAGAAAAAAGUGUGCGAGUAUGUAAGUGUGUGUGUAUAUAAAUGAAAGUCGGUUUGUGUUGAGCCAGCAACAAAAAUACACGAUAGCACGCACGCCUACCAACCUUCAGUACGUACCUUAAGAACAUUAAUUUAUUUUUUUAAGCCAUGCCAUAUUCGAGUAUAAUAAAAUAUAUUACAUUAUACAUAUAAAUAAAGAAAUAAAAAAAAUAAAUAAAAAUAAUAAUUUAAAAUAUAUGGAAACAUUUAAGGAAAACUAUUAUUUUCUUUUUUAUGUAUUUGUAAAAAGUUAUAACUUUCUAUGUAAAAAGAAAAGAACGAAAUGCGAAAGUUUUGGUCAGAAAUGGAUUAAAAAUCAUAAUAACAAAUUUGAAAGCUAUACAAAUUUAAAAAAAAGUUGUUUGUGCGUGUACAUUUGUAAUAACGGUAAUACAAAAUAUGUAGUUAAGCAAACGGUUUACAAGAGGAAAUCAAACGAAUACGAUAAUAAUUGCAAGACAAGUACAUAUGUUAUGCAUAUAAUACAUAUUUACAAAUAUGUUUGUGUGUACAUAUGUUAAUUGAAUUGUUUACGAACUCGUGUUACUGUAAAAAAUAAAAUAAAUAAACUAUUAAUUAUGUAUACUGAAAUUUGCUGGUAUUCAAAAAUAAGGCCUAAAAAACAUACAAAGCAUGUAUGUAUGUAUAUUUUAAAUAAAUUAUGAAAAGACUUGCAUACACAUAGUAUUAUACGUAAUAAAGUAACAACUGCAUACAUGCAUAUAUAAUUAUGUAUAUGUAUGUAUGUAGGCAUGUUACAAAUGCAAUUAGAAACACGUUUUCUCCCCAGUAACAAACCGAUAAAAUACAAUAAUAUUGUUAAUGAUUAAAUGCGUAAUAAAUUAAUUAGCACACACACCAAAAUCAAAGCAAAAAAGAUAAAAAUUAAAAGCAAAAAUAAAGGAAAAAAUUAAAAAAAAAUUAAUAAAAUAUAAAAUAUAUAUAUAAAGAAAAAAUUUAAAAACAAAAUAAAGCAUAGUUCAAUAAUAGCAAGCGUAUUAAGAUAUGAGUGCAGCAUUGCAACUUGAUAUAUUUUUUUAACAAUUUUUUCCAUAAAUUAAUUUCCAAUUAAAUUUUUUGUUUCACUGAGUAUAUUAUAAAAUAGUUAUAAAUGUAUUUAAAUUGAAUUAAAUAACAAUUAAUAGAAAGAAUAAAUAAAUGAUAAAUAUUAAAAAAAAAUAAAUAAGAGUAAAAGAAAAAAUUAAAAAUAAUAAUAAUAAAACAAGCUAACGCAAUAUAAUAUGCAUAAAAAUUCAUAAAAAAUUAAACAAAAUAAUAAAUUCAAUUAAAUUAAAUAAUAAACUAAAUUGAAUUAAUUUAUAAAUAAUUUAUAUGUAGUAAAUUACACUUUGUUGCAAUGCAAAGCUAUUAAAAAAAUAAUGAAGAGAGCAAAAUUAGAAAUAGCAUCAACUCAAUUAUUAAAUAUAAAAAUAAAACUUGUAACCAAUUGUAGAAAAAAAUGCUUUAAAUUGAAUUGAACUGAUUUUAGAGCAUCCCCAGCAGCUGCGUUUGUGUUUUGCUCCACAGCUCAAUUAUGUAUUCUACGAGUAUUUGUCAUAUAUAUAUAUUUUUUUUUAGUCCACAAUGCCCUGAACCACCGUUUAUAAAGAUGUAUUGUACAUUGAUAUACAUAUGUACAUAUAGUAUGUAGGUAUGCUUGCUGUACCACUUUCACUCUAACAUUGCUAAAUAUAUAUAUAUAUAUAUAUAUACAUAUGUGCGAGUAUAUGCUUUGUUCAAUUAUGUAACUUAAUACGCUACUGUUAACUUAAAAAACAUAAGCUUAAAAAAUUAAA